UUGUUGCCGCCCCUUGCCCUGCCUUCCGCAGCAUGGGCGGCUUCGAGGAGGUCCCCGCGGGCACUUGCCAGGAGAUGUGCCCAGCCGGCGAGCUGGUGCGGCGGCGGCGCCAGAAACGGCUGCACAUCUUGGAGCUGGGGCCGCCCGAGCAGGCGGUGAAGGAGUACUCACGGCCUGCCGCCGGCAAGGAGUGCCCGCGGCCAGAAGAGUUGCGUCCGCCGCCAGUGCUGCUGGCCACGGUGCGGCACCUGCUGGGCGAAGCGGCCCGCCGGCGUCCCGACGUGUCCGCAGCGGAGCAGUGCGCCUUCAUCACCGACCGCCUGCGCGCCGUGCGCCUCGACCUCACGGUGCAGCGUGUGUCCGGCCUGGCCUGCGCUGCAGUCCUCGAGCGCUCCCUCGUCUACCUGCUCCGCGCAGGACACCAGCUCUGCGGGGAGCCAGCGGCCCGCUUCGACGCCCACUUGCACCGAGCCCAGGUCCAGGAGUGCUUCGCCGCCCUGCGCCGAGCCUACCGGCACGAGGAGGACGACCGCGCCGCCGCCCAGCCCCUCUUCCAAGCGCUCUUCUUGCUGUACAACUUGGGUGCCCCAGAUGCUCUCUGGCAGAUUUUACAGCUCCCCAAUCACAUCCGAGCUUCCCCUGAACUUUCCACAGCACGAGCGAUCAACUUGGCUUACUUGGAGCACAACUUUGCCCGCUUCUUCCGCCUGGCUCGGAAGCUGCCCUACCUGCAGAGCUGUGCCCUCCAUCCACACUUGGCCAGGGCCCGUCGCCUAGCCCUGCUCACCUUCAGCCAUGGCUUCAGUAGCAGGAACUGCCGCUACCCUUUGGAUCGGCUGGCCCACCUGCUAGCUGUAGACAGCCUUGAGGAGGCUGAGGCAUUGUGCCAGGCACAGGGUUUGACGAUGCUGGAGGGAAGUGUCAUCUUCCAGAAAGGAUCUUUCAAGGACUCUGGUCCCCUAAAUCACAGCCCUUCGUGCCUGCUUGUAGAUAGGAAGUGGGGACAGACCACUCUUCAGGAGUUCACAGAGGGUGUCUGUAGCUGAAUGGAAAGACCAACAUCUGUUCUGAGGGGUGGUGUUGUCCCCCUUGGUCAUCCCAAGUUGUGGUUGUCUCUACAUAGGUGGCAAAGUGAGGUGGGAGAAUGGAUUCUUUUGUUUCCAUGAGGCAGAGUGAUGUAGGCCUCAUUUUGCUGACCGUUUGCACUAGGUGCAGAGAAGGAAGGAACCAUUGGGUGGCUUUGGACAACCAUUUACCUCACUGGGAUGGCUUAAUUGGUAACACGUUGUGAGGGUACCUGCCCACCUCUUCCUUCUUUUGUGUAGAUUUGGAGGGACAGCCACCACAUUCUGUCUUGUGGUUCAAUUCCCUGUCCAGGGAGCUGCUAUCAAAGCCUUUAAGCCAAGAAAAAGGCACGGGCCUCAGGGCUAUCUGGUGUCAAAGGGUGCUCUUGCUUUCUUUUCAGGCCAGCACUCUGCUUUGGCAGUGAGGUAUGUCUGGCUGCUGGAAGCAAUUUUGCCUGCCUACACACUACUAGGUGCCUC